AUGGAUUGAUGCAUUGGAGAGCGUGGCGGGGUGUUUGUUUAUCUAAAUACUGGCUUAGGCUAUAGCUAACCAAUCAGAAUAGCACCGAUCGUAAUGUACUGUAACGGUUUGGAUACAAAUGCAAGAACAAAUAGGCUACAUAAAUGAUGCAGUAGGCCUAUAAUACAUAUCGAAGAUGGGUCAGUGAUUUAAACACGCUCAUUCCCUCUGCAGUUUUGGAUAGGUUUAUUUUACGCUCAAGUUUACGCUCAUAAAAUAGGCAGUGCGUUUUCGGUCGGUGGAUGUGUCAGUAAGCGUCUUUGACGGGAGAAUUGGCGCAUCUCACGGAGCAGCCACCAGGACAAUCGGGUUAUGAACGAUUCGGCCUUUUUGCAAAAAUACGCUGUUUUCCCGUGGAGUGAUGCAAUCACCGUUGGUUGCAUGCAGGACAGCGAUGGGCCAUUGGUAGAUCAUACAGUUGUAUUAUUAUAAACGGGGACGCUCCUCCCGAAGCCAUAUUUGUUUUGUAUGCCAAACUGAGGCAGGGGGUGGAGAGUCGCUACAGAAACAUUGGGCUUUGGCCAAACAUCACCCUGUAUUAGUCCAUAAUUUACGUUUAGUCGUGGGUUGGCGUUCCUUUUCGUGCAAAAUUUCCGAAUUGAGCGAAUUUCGCCAGAGAAAUGCAGCUUGCUUGAGGACACCCCCGAUAUCGGUUGGCUGCUGCUGCCAUGAUUGGCAGAAGUCUCCUCUCGAUCACUGCUUCGCGGGUUGGAGAAGAAGCAGAUUGAUUUGGACCUGGUCUCAACUGCGGAACUGCCGAUGUCGGAUGUUAUUAUCAGUGGAGCCUGAUCCUGUAAAUAUUAGAAGCGCAAACAAAGAGUAAUUCUGGAAAAACUCAGGGAAAAUGUCUUCUCGUUCUGCGUUACCGUCUGGUAACGACAGGGGCACGGACCAUCAUGUGACCCUGGCUGCCAGCCGCUCAGACAAGGGAACCAGCCUGUCCAGCCGCUCGCUGGGUGCCCGCUGCAGGAACUCCAUGGCCUCCUGCUCUGACGAGACUCCGCACAUCGGCAACUACCGCCUGCUCAAGACCAUCGGCAAGGGCAACUUUGCCAAAGUCAAACUGGCGCGCCACAUCCUGACGGGCAAGGAGGUUGCAAUAAAAAUCAUUGACAAAACUCAGUUGAAUCCAACCAGCCUACAAAAGCUUUUUCGAGAGGUUCGGAUAAUGAAAGGUUUAAAUCACCCAAACAUAGUGCAGCUGUUCGAGGUGAUUGAGACUGAUAAGACCCUUUACCUAAUCAUGGAGUAUGCCAGUGGAGGUGAAGUGUUUGACUACCUCGUAUCUCAUGGUAGAAUGAAGGAGAUUGAAGCCAGAGCCAAAUUUCGACAGAUUGUGUCUGCUGUCCACUACUGCCACAUGAAGAACAUUGUCCACCGAGACUUGAAGGCUGAGAACCUCCUGCUGGACGCCAACGCCAACAUCAAGAUCGCCGACUUCGGCUUCAGUAAUGAGUUCACGCUGGGCAACAAGCUGGACACGUUCUGUGGCUCCCCGCCCUACGCUGCCCCGGAACUGUUCCAGGGGAAGAAGUACGACGGGCCCGAGGUGGACGUCUGGAGCCUGGGAGUCAUACUAUACACGCUGGUGUCAGGGUCGCUGCCCUUCGAUGGGCAGAACCUCAAGGAGCUGCGUGAGCGCGUCCUGAGAGGGAAGUAUCGUGUGCCCUUCUACAUGUCCACAGACUGCGAGGGGAUCCUACGCCGGUUCUUGGUGCUCAAUCCCACCAAGCGCUGCACCUUAGAUCAAGUCAUGAAGGACAAGUGGAUAAACGCAGGGUAUGAUGAGGAUUCCUUGAAGCCCCAUACAGAGCCUGUUGAGGACUACAGUGAUGCCGCUCGCAUAGAGGUGAUGGUGGGGAUGGGCUUUACUCCCGAGGAGAUCAAGGACGCUCUGCUCAACCAGAAGUACAACGAGGUCACCGCUACCUACCUAUUGCUGGGCCUCAAGAAUGAGGAUGGUGGCGAGUCUCGUUCAGCCAGUACCCUGUCCCUGGCACGGGUCCGGCCCAGCCCCAUCACCAACGGGACCAACAAGCACUCCUUGGCCACUGCAGGCUCCUCUUCCUCCUCUUCAUCCUCCUCACACAGCAAGACCCAGCGUAGCGCUUCCACCUAUCACAGGCAGCGGCGGCACAGUGACUUCUGCGGGCCCUCCAUGCCGGUCAUGCACCCCAAGAGAAGCCCCACCAGCACAGGUGACCGGGAGCUGCGGGAGGGGCGCAUGCCCCCGCGUAAGGCCAGCUGCAGCGUGAUGGGCAGUCGCUCGCUGCCACCCUCCAGUCCCAUGGUCAGCAGUGCCAAUAACCCCAACAAGUCAGAGAUCCCCGACCGCCGAAAGGAGAUGACUGCCACCACGGUGAGAAACAGUGAGAACAACAUCCCGGGAAGUGCCAUGACCCGGCGGAACACAUAUGUCUGCACGGACCGCUCCAGCACCGACAGACACUCCCUGCUGCAGAAUGGCAAGGAGAACAGCUCCCUGUCCCACCGCCUGCCCCCCACAUCCCCCUCCACCCUGAGCAUCUCUGGGGCCGGGGCCUCCUCCUCCUCUAGCGAGCGCUGCCGUCUGACACGGGGCUCCACCAUUCGAAGCACCUUCCACGGGGGCCAGCUGAGAGACCGGGGCCCGCCCGUCUACUCAGCCCCGCCCACCUCCCCCACUCUGUCCCACCAUGAUGCAAGUCCCCUGCCGCACGCCCGCAGCCGUGCCACCUCCAACCUCUUCACCAAGCUCACCUCCAAACUCACACGCAGGGUCACAAAUGAACCUGAGGGAAUCUGCCGAUCUGCGGUCACAAGGUCAGUAUAUGUCACAAGUCGCCAUUUACCUGGGCAUCAAAAAGCGUCCGAGCCCCGGGCCGUCGGACGUGGCUGGGAUCUGAGGGGACCUGGGGGGCGGCGGGACCCGGCGGAGGUGGUGCUGGCUCUGCGGGAGGCGGCACGGGGUUGCGGCUGCCAGGUCCACCAUGCCGGCCCCUUUCUGCUCUCCUGCACCCACGGGGCGGCCGGUGGUCAAGUGGCCUUUGAGGCCGAGGUGUGCCACCUCUCCACAGGGGGCAGCGCCGCCAACAAUGAGUCUUCCAACGGGGUGCGCUACACGCGACUCUGGGGGGCACCGCUUGCUUUCCGGGACAUCGCCACGCAAAUCUCAAAGGACCUCGAACUCUGAAUAUAAUGGGGGUUGAGAAGGAUGGAAAGAGAAAUAGAUAAAGGUACUUGGGGCUGAAGAUAAAUACAUUUCCUCCUGUCUCUUACGUGGCUAAAGACCUACCCCCCUCCACACCAGUCUCAACCUCACCACCCAAGCCCCCCACGCCACACAGACUCAAGCAUCUCCUCCCCCCAACUUCAUCCACUGGAUCCGGACCAGAGAGAUAUCCAGCUUCAUAUUUUUUAUCGUUAACUCUAGCCAGAAUGACUAUUACUUUUAUGAUUGGUAUCAUUGUGGUUUUUAACCAUCACCACCUCCGAACCGACACUAUCGAAAACAUUCUCGAAAACAUUUAUUGUGUCUCGCCAUCUUUGAUUGUCUUCUGCGUGUCACUGUAUGUGUUUUUGGUCAUUCUUCUCCCAUUUGAACAUUAAUAUGGAUAAAGUGAUUAUCCAAGGACUUGUCGCCAGUGAACAACAUGCACAAAUAGGGAGACAGUUGCUCUGUCUUUCAUUGUGUGCAUGGUAUGGGCGGGAUUGAAUUAUUGGCAAUGACAGAGGAGUUGACAGACACUUUGAACCAGCCAAUGGUGACCUUCACAUCCAUUUUCCGCUUACAAUAUCAUCAACAGAAUAAAGUAGCAGAUGGGGAUGUUUUCUCGGACACACCAUGAAUCUUUCUCAGUAAGUCUUAUAGCACAUGACAAAUAUAAACUGGACAGAUAUAGGUUUCAGUUUUGUAGUAUUGUACAACCCACACCGUAAUAAGCUGUUUUGUUAAUGUAUAAGAUCAGGUAGUAUACACUUUGGUACACAUCAUGCUCCAUCAGCGGUAAUAUGAAAACGUAAUCUAUGUAGAUCAAAACUGUGGUUCAUAGUGCUAUUUUUUCACCUUCAUACCUCUUUAGCUACCUGUACAUUUGGUUUCCUGCACACACCCUUCCAAAGUAAUUCCAUUGGCACAUUCCUUUUCCUGAGAAACUAUUUUAACCCUCUGAUUGGCUGGGAUCAAUGUCUGUGUUGGAACUGGUCAUUACCAAUAAUCAUAUCAAGCUGUUUUUAAGCAUUUCAUCCCAUACUUCUCACGAUAUGAUCUAUCCCUUUUACCUUUCUUCAGCAAAGUUGAAUUCAAGUAAUGAAAGAGUUACACAGUUCCUCUGCAUAAAAUAGCCUAACUCAAUGUAUUAUGGCUGAAAGGGUGGCUGGAAAGGAAGAAAAUCCAACCGCGGUUCACUGCAGAACAUUGCGCCCUUGAAUGCCACAUGGCUUUGCCAAAAUGAAAAGCUGUCAGACAUACUAGUGAACCAAAUUUGUAAAAGACAAUGAUUGAAGUAUAUGAUUAUUUAAGUAUUUGAAAUAUUUUAUUUCUGUGUAUUUGAGU